UAACCAAGGGAAACUGUACUCAAGGUUAUUGGCUACAUUGUACACAGUACAUGAGUACAGUGUACGUUAAAUACGAAGCCAGAGUAAUAAUGACACGAUAAAGCAACUUAAAACAAAAAAACUGUUUUUUGAAUGCAGUUAUAGAUCUUUUAGUCUAAGCAAAGUAGCCUAUUUAGAAGUUCUAGACUACAGUAGACUGUACAACUUAAGUGAUAUUGGAUUGUAUCAAGUGAUAUCUAUAAACUUUUAACUCCGAAGUAUUAUAACAGCUAAUAGUGACAGUAUUAUUUAUAAAAAGUGACAUAAAAAUGGAUAAUUACAGCAAAAUAAGAGUUGUAGGAAGAGGGGCAUACGGUACUGCGCACUUGGCUAAACGACUUUCAGAUGGAAAAGAGGUUAUUCUUAAACAGAUUCCAGUUGAGCAGAUGUCAGCAGCAGAUAGGCAGGGUGCAUUAAAUGAGAUUAAAGUAUUAUCAAUGCUUCAACAUCCUAAUAUUAUUGACUACCAUGAAAACUUUAUACAGGAUAAAGCAAUGAUGAUAGUAAUGGAGUAUGCUGCAGGUGGUACACUCUCAGAAUAUAUCCAGACUAAAUCUAUACCUAGGUCUAUGGAUCAUGUGAAGAUUGGUGAUUUUGGAAUUUCCAAGAUCUUAUCAAGCAAGAGCAAAGCUUUAACUGUGGUUGGGACACCCUGCUAUAUUUCUCCAGAGCUGUGUGAAGGGAAACCGUAUAAUACCAAAUCAGAUGUAUGGGCGCUAGGUUGUAUUCUCUUCGAGAUGUGCGCUUGUAAGCGUGCAUUUGAAGCGCCUACCCUCCCUGCUUUGAUUAUCAGAAUAAUGAGAGGAAUAAUUUCCCCUCUACCGAGCCAGUAUUCAGCAGGAGUGAAACAGCUCCUACACGCAAUGUUAGAAGUAGAUCCACAGAAAAGACCUUCAGUGGCUGAAAUUAUGGCGCACCACUGGUUAGCUCCUUAUCUUUAUAGAAUCCAUACAACAGUAGGAGGGAUUCCAUGCAGCUCUAAACCUCAGCGACCUCUGUCAGUGACUCGUCCUGAUAGUAUUGAUCUCCCUGAGAAUAUUCAACCCAAGUUUGCAACCAGGAAGAGAUCUCCCUCCCCGUUUCAAACCAAGGAACCCAAAUCUGAGUUAUAUCAGCUGAAAGACGGAAAUAUUCUGGUUCAAAUCCCACCAAAGGACCCAAGAUCUGAUAUAACAUGUAUAAGUGUGUCUGCAACACAUACUAUUGGAGUUGAAUCCUCUGGAGCAGUUCUUCUCUGGCAGGAUUCACAGGACGAGAGGACUGGAGCUGAAUUGGAGCAAAAAUCCCAACCCCGCCACCUGGAAGGGAUGGUUGGAAUCAAUAUUGUCCAGGUGGCUACUGGAGCCGGAUUUAUCUGUUUUCUGACAGAUCGAGGGAUUAUCAUGACUAAAGGAUCAGCUGAAUCAGGUUGUCUAGGGCAUGGAGAUAAAAGAAAUGUGAACACACCGAAGAUUAUUGAAGAGUUACUAGGAUUUGAUGUUGUGCAGGUUGAAGCAUAUGAUGAUCAUGUUGGAAUUGUUACAAGUGAUUACGAAGCGUUUGUUUGGGGAACUUUUGGAAGGAAGCAUAUCAAGUUUAAAGAUUUAAAAAUUUAAUUACGUUACUUUUGA